AUGGUUUCGCCACCGCCAGAGGUGCUUGCUAGGAUCUUUUUCUACCUGGAGCCCAGUGAUUUGGACACAGUCCCGCUCGUGUGUAAAUCCUGGCAGGAAAAUUCCGGAGAAAAGCUUUGGAGGCGCCAUUUUGCCGCCCGAUUCGGAACUCUGGACGUGACGGCGUUGAGCGGCCCGGAUUUUUCCUGGCGGGAGGAGUAUUUGAUCAGAGAGGAGAUAUUGGGCCGAUGGACCCGUCAAAACUUGAAAACGGUCUCGUACAAUGCUACGUUGGGCACCAUCACCGAUAUGUUUUCCGAUCUGAGCGGGUCUCGAGUUAUUACCUUCAACCGCGGCCGUGGAGUGGGUAAUAUCUCCGAUCCCCGGGUGGGAAAAGUGGCUCGCGAACGUAUGUUUGCAGCCGAUUUCUCUAUUCAGCACAGAAUUGCUUGUUUGGACGGCUCUCGGUUCGCAAUUGUAUGCGGGUUCCAUGACGGACGGAUUAUUACUAUGGUUUUUGCCCGUUCCUCGCAUCUUAUUCUCAGCUACAACUUUUUGCAGUACCGCCAUGAUGACGCGGUUACAGCAGUAUGGGUUUCCAAGACCCAUAGACCUAAUGUUUCAUCAGAUACUUUGUCGUUUGUUACCGGAGGUGCCGACGGUAAAGUAUUUUUGGUGUUUGGGGCUCGUACUGACAACUACAAGCAGGUCGACCUUUCCCAGCACCCAAUUGACUUUGUUUGGGCUGAUACGCAUAGCGGACAAGUGGUUGCUGCCGACUCCAGUGGCCGCUUGUUCUGGCUCAACAAACAGGGCGAAACCGUAGCGUCUUCAAAACUGCCAUCACCGCUUAGCCAAGAUGACACACAACUAUUUAUUUGCUGUGGAUUUGUUAUUGCCAAAUACCGAGACACAAUUUAUCGAGCUAGCCCUCACGGUUAUGAAAGCUAUGCCAUGUCAGGCGAACAAGAAAGAAUCCUGGCCUGGAACUUUGACCGUGCUGCGACCACCGGACCCAAAUACAUGGUAGCUGCGGUUUCAAGCGGGACAAUUUACUGCUGGCGUGUUGAUCAUCCAGUUCUCGAUGACCCAGUCCCUCUUUUUUGGGCACGACCUUCGCCUCUCACUUCGGAAAGACAGCCCCACAUUACUCAAGUUGCCUUGAAUUCAGUGGUUUUGCUCAUUGGUGGAUACAACGGCCAUUGUGUGGCCAUGGACCUUAUGAGUGGUGAGACGCUUCGCCAGGUAUCUUCAAAACUAUCAAGACAAGUGCUCGAUUUCCGCCGCGGUGAUACAGCGGGUCGUGAGUCGUUCCCCAUUUCACAUCUUCAGGUUGAUCCUGAUCCACUCCAGCCUCAUGCCAUUCUGUCAGUUAAAGAGGCUAUCCAAUACAUUGAUUCAGGCGCGGACAACGAGCGGAUCAAGCCGUUGCGCAAGAAUCGUAAACCGGCAGUCACCCGGCUAGCUGCCGAGCGCCAGACAGCUGCAGACAUCCAUGAAGAAAUUGACUUUAAUAUGGAAAUGAUCACAUUGGAGGACGAAGAACAUAACCACCAAACACACCUCCGCGAAGCCUACAACAUGACAGACAUGACAGAAGAAGAACAAAUUGCCUAUGCUGUGCUGUUAAGCGAACAAAACGAAGACGCAGAGCUAAUACAGGCGCUCGAGUUAUCGUUGCAUCCCGAAGAGCCUCCACAAGCCGACGAAUCGGACGAAGAAUUGAGAGAAAUUCUCGAAAGGUCACUUGUAGAUCAAUAA